AUGCCUUUUGAUCCUCGAAAGGCCGGCGGGGCCAACCUUGGCCUCUUGUUUUUUGUGGCUCAAUUGCUGGCCAUGGUCAAUGCCCAAUUCUGUGAUUUUAUGCAGCUUUAUGAUCCCUUUGAGCUCUUUGAUACCAGCGGCAAUGUUCUGUGGAACGGUCACAUCCUGAGCGAGACACCCCUCUGUACCGCAAUCGCCAUCGAUUCCACCAAUAUCAACAUUCCCAACCAGGAUCAUCCCCUCUCCCUCGCCUUCUCCUUCCCCUUCCCCCUCGCCCUCACCUUCUCCCUCCCCGUCUCCCUCUCCUUCCCCCUCGCCCUCACCAUCUCCCUCACCUUCACCCUCACCAUCCCCCUCUCCUUCUCCCUCACCAUCGCCCUCUCCAUCUCCCUCUCCAUCUCCAUCCCCCUCUCCAUCUCCAUCCCCCUCUCCAUCUCCAUCUCCCUCUCCGUCACCGUCUCCGUCUCCUUCCCCGGCUCCGGCUCCCAUUACUGCUGCGCCGUCAUGGACUUGUACCAACCUCGUGUUGGAGAUCCAGCCAUUCUGUUUGUUCCCAAUACUCUCUCGUCUACUUCAAACUACGUCCCUUGGGGCACAGACGUGGCCGCUGUUGUAACCCAGUCGGGAAACGAGUGCAUUGGUCUCGACUAUCAAGGAGCCGUUUUGUGGUUCUCCUUGAGCGACUUUUCCUGCACCAAUGGAAUCAUUCGACAGAUUAGCGAGUUUCAAACGGUCGGAUCUACAACCAGUCCAAGCAUUGUGGCCAGCGGCUGCUUCAGCACGGUUUCUCCAUCCCCUUCCCCAAGUCCGUCGCCUGUGCCUGUGCCUGUGUGUAACAUCUGCCAGAACCCGGUCAACCCAAAACUCCUACCUGGACAGAGUCUUGUCUCUCCCAAGUCACUGACGACCACUGAUGGAUCUUCGAACUCGUAUUCCCUGAGCAUGAAUGCCGAUGGAAGCCUCUCUCUGUCCGACAACGGAGUCGUGUACUGGCAAUCAACGAGUGGAACUUCGCAUCCCGCAUCACAAUACGAAUUGCUGCUUUCCAACACGCAGCUUAUCGUUUUGAAUGAAGAUACACAGACUCCGAACUGGCUCCUUGAUUUCUCAACGGCGACGGGUCCGCUCUGUGCCACGCUUCAAACGACCGGCCAUUUUACGAUUUAUGAUGCCAACUGUGCCGCCCUCUGGGAUGUUGGACCACCCUCACCUUCGCCCUCACCUUCGCCCUCACCUUCGCCCUCACCUUCGCCCUCACCUUCGCCCUCACCUUCGCCCUCACCUUCGCCCUCACCUUCGCCAUCUCCAUCCCCCUCUCCAUCUCCCUCACCUUCCCCAUCGGCUUCACCCGUUCCAGUUGCCUGCUACUUGUGCCAGGCGAGCCCCUCGAUCUUUUCUGAUGUUCAAGAUAGCUUCUUGGUAUCAAGCGGUAACAACGAGCUUCUCAUUGCAUCCGAUAGCGACAAUGGCCUCCCGAUUCGCCUUGUCAUGCAAUCCGAUGGAAACCUUGUUCUUUAUGAGUCGAACAACGUACUAUGGCUGAGCAACACGGCUCAGCAUAACCCAUCCGGAAGCUACAGUCUGGUGCUAGGUGCUGACGGCGAUCUCGCAGUGAUAUCCGGAACGAACUUUGUCAUUUAUGAUAUGAAAUUGAAAACCACGACUACAACCGUUCCUCCUGUCACCACGACUACCACUGUUCCUCCUGCCACCACGACUACAACCGUUGCUCCUGUCACCACGACUACCACCGUUGCUCCCGUCACCACAACUACCACCGUUGCUCCUGUCACCACGACUACAACCGUUCCUCCCGUCACCACGACUACCACUGUUCCUCCUGCCACCACGACUACAACCGUUGCUCCCGUCACCACGACUACCACCGUUACUCCUGUCACCACAACUACAACCGUUCCUUCCGUUACCACAACUACCACCGUUCCUCCUGUCACCACGACUACCACCGUUGCUCCCGUUACCACAACUACCACCGUUCCUCCUGUCACCACCACAACUACCGUUCCUCCUGUCACCACAACUACAACCGUUCCUCCCGUCACCACAACUACCGCUGUUCCUCCUGCCACCACGACUACAACCGUUGCUCCCGUCACCACGACUACCACCGUUACUCCUGUCACCACAACUACCACCGUUCCUCCCGUCACCACAACUACCACCGUUGCUCCUGUCACCACGACUACCACCGUUGCUCCCGUCACCACGACUACAAUCGCUCCUCCCGUCACCACCACAACUACCGUUCCUCCCGUCACCACCACUACCACUGUUGCUCCCGUUACCACGACUACCACCGCUCCCGUCACCACCACGACUACCGUUCCUCCUGUCACCACAACUGCUCCGGCUAGCUCCACAACUACCACCGUUCCUCCUGUCACCACGACUACCACCGUUGCUCCCGUCACCACCACGACUACCGUUCCUCCUGUCACCACGACUACCGUUCCUCCUGUCACCACGACUACAACCGCUCCUCCCGUCACCACCACAACUACCGUUCCUCCUGUCACCACGACUACAACCGUUCCUCCUGUCACCACAACUACUACUGUUCCUCCUGCCACCACGACUACAACCGUUCCUCCCGUCACCACGACUACAACCGUUCCUCCUGUCACCACAACUGCUCCGGCUAGCUCCACCACGACUACCGUUCCUCCCGUCACCACGACUACUACCGUUCCUCCUGUCACCACGACUACUACCGUUCCUCCCGUCACCACGACUACUACCGUUCCUCCUGUCACCACGACUACUACCGUUCCUCCCGUCACCACGACUACAACCGUUCCUCCCGUCACCACAACUACCACCGUUCCUCCCGUCACCACCACGACUACCGUUCCUCCUGUCACCACGACUACCACCGUUCCUCCUGUCACCACAACUACCACCGUUGCUCCUGUCACCACAACUGCUCCGGCUAGCUCCACAACUACCACCGUUCCUCCUGUCACCACGACUACAACCGUUCCUCCUGUCACCACGACUACUACCGUUCCUCCCGUCACCACGACUACAACCGUUCCUCCUGUCACCACAACUACCACCGUUCCUUCCGUUACCACAACUACCACCGUUCCUCCCGUCACCACCACGACUACCGUUCCUCCCGUCACCACGACUACCACCGUUCCUUCCGUUACCACAACUACCACCGUUCCUCCCGUCACCACGACUACUACCGUUCCUCCCGUCACCACGACUACUACCGUUCCUCCUGUCACCACAACUGCUCCGGCUAGCUCCACAACUACCACCGUUCCUCCCGUCACCACGACUACAACCGUUGCUCCUGUCACCACGACUACAACCGUUGCUCCUGUCACCACAACUGCUCCGGCUAGCUCCACGACUACCACUGUUGCUCCCGUCACCACCACAACUACCGUUCCUCCUGUCACCACGACUACCACUGUUCCUCCUAUCACCACAACUACAACCGUUCCUUCCGUUACCACAACUACCACCGUUCCUCCCGUCACCACGACUACUACCGUUCCUCCCGUCACCACGACUACUACCGUUCCUCCUGUCACCACAACUGCUCCGGCUAGCACCACCACGACUACCGUUCUUCCCGUCACCACCACGACUACCGUUCCUCCCGUCACCACAACUACCACCGUUCCUCCCGUCACCACCACGACUACCGUUCCUCCUGUCACCACAACUGCUCCGGCUAGCUCCACAACUACCACCGUUCCUCCUGUCACCACGACUACCACCGUUGCUCCCGUCACCACAACUACCACCGUUCCUCCCGUCACCACAACUACUACUGUUCCUCCUGCCACCACGACUACCACCGCUCCCGUCACCACCACGACUACCGUUCCUCCUGUCACCACAACUGCUCCGGCUAGCUCCACAACUACCACCGUUCCUCCUGUCACCACGACUACCACCGUUGCUCCCGUCACCACCACGACUACCGUUCCUCCUGUCACCACGACUACCGUUCCUCCUGUCACCACGACUACAACCGCUCCUCCCGUCACCACCACAACUACCGUUCCUCCUGUCACCACGACUACCACCGUUGCUCCUGUCACCACGACUACAACCGUUCCUCCUGUCACCACAACUACUACUGUUCCUCCUGCCACCACGACUACAACCGUUCCUCCCGUCACCACGACUACAACCGUUCCUCCUGUCACCACAACUGCUCCGGCUAGCUCCACCACGACUACCGUUCCUCCCGUCACCACGACUACUACCGUUCCUCCUGUCACCACGACUACUACCGUUCCUCCCGUCACCACGACUACAACCGUUCCUCCUGUCACCACAACUACCACCGUUCCUUCCGUUACCACCACGACUACCGUUCCUCCCGUCACCACCACGACUACCGUUCCUCCCGUCACCACAACUACCACCGUUCCUCCCGUCACCACCACGACUACCGUUCCUCCUGUCACCACGACUACCACCGUUCCUCCUGUCACCACAACUACCACCGUUGCUCCUGUCACCACAACUGCUCCGGCUAGCUCCACAACUACCACCGUUCCUCCUGUCACCACGACUACAACCGUUCCUCCUGUCACCACGACUACUACCGUUCCUCCCGUCACCACGACUACAACCGUUCCUCCUGUCACCACAACUACCACCGUUCCUUCCGUUACCACAACUACCACCGUUCCUUCCGUUACCACAACUACCACCGUUCCUCCUGUCACCACAACUACAACCGCUCCUCCUGUCACCACAACUACAACCGCUCCUCCUGUCACCACAACUACCACCGUUCCUCCUGUCACCACGACUACAACCGUUCCUCCUGUCACCACGACUACCACCGUUGCUCCUGUCACCACGACUACAACCGUUCCUCCUGUCACCACAACUACUACUGUUCCUCCUGCCACCACGACUACAACCGUUGCUCCUGUCACCACAACUGCUCCGGCUAGCUCCACAACUACCACCGUUCCUCCUGUCACCACGACUACAACCGUUCCUCCUGUCACCACGACUACUACCGUUCCUCCCGUCACCACGACUACAACCGUUCCUCCCGUCACCACAACUACUACCGUUCCUCCCGUCACCACGACUACUACCGUUCCUCCUGUCACCACAACUGCUCCGGCUAGCUCCACAACUACCACCGUUCCUCCUGUCACCACGACUACCACCGUUGCUCCCGUCACCACAACUACCACCGUUCCUCCCGUCACCACAACUACCACCGUUCCUCCCGUCACCACGACUACAACCGUUGCUCCUGUCACCACGACUACAACCGUUGCUCCUGUCACCACAACUGCUCCGGCUAGCUCCACGACUACCACUGUUGCUCCCGUCACCACCACAACUACCGUUCCUCCUGUCACCACGACUACCACUGUUCCUCCUAUCACCACAACUACAACCGUUCCUCCCGUUACCACGACUACCACCGUUCCUCCCGUUACCACGACUACAACCGUUCCUCCCGUUACCACGACUACAACCGUUCCUCCCGUCACCACAACUAAAACCGUUGCUCCUGUCACCACGACUGCUCCGGCUAGCUCCACGACUACCACUGUUGCUCCCGUUACCACAACUACCACCGUUCCUCCUGUCACCACGACUACCACUGUUCCUCCUAUCACCACGACUACCACCGUUGCUCCCGUCACCACAACUACCACCGUUCCUCCCGUCACCACAACUACCACCGUUCCUCCCGUCACCACGACUACAACCGUUGCUCCUGUCACCACGACUACAACCGUUGCUCCUGUCACCACAACUGCUCCGGCUAGCUCCACGACUACCACUGUUGCUCCCGUUACCACAACUACCACCGUUCCUCCUGUCACCACGACUACCACUGUUCCUCCUAUCACCACGACUACCACCGUUGCUCCCGUCACCACAACUACCACCGUUCCUCCCGUCACCACAACUACCACCGUUGCCUCCUGUCACCACAACUACAACCGCUCCUCCUGUCACCACAACUACAACCGCUCCUCCUGUCACCACAACUACCACCGUUCCUCCUGUCACCACGACUACAACCGUUCCUCCUGUCACCACGACUACCACCGUUGCUCCUGUCACCACGACUACAACCGUUCCUCCUGUCACCACAACUACUACUGUUCCUCCUGCCACCACGACUACAACCGUUGCUCCUGUCACCACGACUACAACCGUUGCUCCUGUCACCACCACAACUACCGUUCCUCCUGUCACCACGACUACCACUGUUCCUCCUAUCACCACAACUACAACCGUUCCUCCCGUUACCACGACUACCACCGUUCCUCCCGUCACCACGACUACCACCGUUGCUCCUGUCACCACGACUACCACCGUUGCUCCUGUCACCACGACUACCACCGUUGCUCCUGUCACCACAACUGGUUCGAGUGUGUCUACAUCAACUUCUACCAGUCCAAUCCCGAGUCCCUCUCCAACCUCCUCCUGCACUCCCUCUGCGUUGCCUUGGACUAUGGCUUCGGAAAGCGUCUUUGGUUCAGCAAAACGGACGUUCAGUGCGAUAGCGACUCCUCUACUGUCUUCAACUGGAGCCAGGGCAUCGCAUUCGGCGAGGUUCCUCAGCAGUGCGACCCUGUUCCUGGUCCCCACUGUAGCGGCUCUCCCGUUCUCUUCCUGGGCUCCCCUGUCAUUGUCACCUUCAGCCCUGUUCAACUUGAAGGCACAAAUCUUGAGUCGAUUCCUCCCUGGAACGCCAACGUGACAGAUGUCCUUCCUAAAUGUAUUGGUUUGGAAUAUGAUUCUGAUAAAAUAUGGUUCCUCACCUCCGACUUUGAUUGCGUCAGCGGCGUUGACACUGUUGAGUAUUCUGCGGUUCACGCCUGGGGUACAGUUGUCCCCGAGUAUUGCAACUAG